CAUGACAAAGAGGAGCUAAAAAACCCUGGGGUUUAGGGUUCUUGGGGAGAGAGCUAUGGUGGUGUUGGAUUCCCCGCUGCGAUGGCUCACGGAGGCAGUGAAGCGGCGAUCGCUGCAGCUGGCCACUGGAUAUUUCCAUCCCGACGAGCGCCGAUGGAUCGACCAGGCGCCGAAGCCGAAGCAGUCGAAAUCCGGGCGAUCUUUGUGGAAAUGGAUGCGGCUUCGCGAGAUUCAGGGAUACAGGUGUGGAUGAGAGACGGCGAUCUGGAGAGCAUUCGACGCAACGAUCGAAGGAUCGCAUACAUUAAGCGAGUGAUGGAGUAUCUGGUCAGUCACGAGAAGCAAGGAAGCGUUAACCUCCGAAAACUCCAUGCAGUUGAAGGGCUGGACGACAAUACCAAGCACGGGUUAAGAAGAAACGCGUGGAACUAUCCGGGCUUCUUCACAGUCACGGUAAACAACAGGCAAAAGGAAGACUUGGUAGCUCUCACCGACGAGGCCAAGCAGCUCAUGGAGGACGAGAGAAGAGCUCGAUGGGAUCGCGACGAGAGCUCUUGCGUCCAGAUCCUCAAGAAGAUACUGAUGAUGAGCCGGGACAGGAGGAUCCGGCGAUCGAAGCUCCACUGCCUACAAGAGUACUACGCGUUUCCAUACGACUACAACACUGGUUUUCUCGAGAGGCACCCGGACCACAUCCGUCUCGUGGAAACUCCCAAGGAUUCCUACGUCGAGCUGGUUUCGUGGGACGAAGAACUGGCCGUGACGGAACGAGAGAAAGCUGUGGCUCAGGGAAGGACUCCCAAAGAGCUUGGACAAUGGGCCUUCGUCAUCUCAUAUCCGGAAGGCUACACUCCAAACAGGGUCCGGCUCGAGCAGCUCGACAAUUUCCAGAGGUUGCCAUUUCCAUCGCCUUAUGAGUUCUCCCAGCGGGCUUUCGACACUCCAGCGGGGCAGAAGGAGGCCCUCGGGAUCUUCCACGAGCUCCUGAGCUUUACCGUGGAGAAGAGAGCGCUCGUCUCGGAUUUCACCACCUUGGCUGGCAGUCUCAACAUACCACGCUACUUCUCCGACUCGCUCCUGAGCUGCCACCCGGGGAUCUUCUACGUGAGUAAGUGGAAGAACCAGCACUACGUUUUCCUGCGAGAGGCAUACCGAGGAAAGAAUCUGGUGGCCGAAGAAGUCGAUCCCUUGGUAACCAUCAGAUGGCGCUACUUGGAGCUGAUGAAGCCCAAGCCAGAGAAGCUACACUUGAGCUCUAGAGACGAGGACUACCUUUACGUACCAAUCUCGAAGCGUGGGAUCACGUCCAACCAAGAAUCCAUGGGUUUAAUCAGGAGCUUGUAACAAGUGCUGCGAUCAAACAGGUUGACGAGACAAAUCAGGUACUCUUAAGAUCAAACGCGGUCCCAAGAUGAAGCCGCGAGCGCAAACAAAAUGACAAGACAACUCAGGUACUCUUUUUGUUCCAAGAUAAAGCGAAUGCCAUGGCUUCUUCAGCUCCAAACAGACUUCCAAAGUCGUCCGGUAGAUCAUUGAGUUCUAGGAGGACAAAGGAAAUCGAGCCAACCGGCAAGCCUACCAUAUACUCGUUCAAACAUGGGAAGUAUGUGUGCGUUUAUUAUUUUAUCACCACCCGGAUAACCGAUGAACUGGCUAUCACGCAAGGGCUUUGGGCAAGAGGUGCCGGGGUCGAUUAGCCAGACGCCCAAACAAAACACGUGGCUCUAGUCUUUUUGCUAAAUUAUAUUACUGUAAACGUGGUAUUUUCUCAGUCCCGUAAAAGUAAAAAAAGAUCUUAGCGUCUCUUUCCGCACCGAUGAUACACUCGCGGAGAUACCCUUUU